AUGUCUGACACUUGGGAAUUUCAAACAGGAACUUGUAACUGCAAUGGGAGAUCUAAUAGGUGCUACUUUGAUGAAGAACUAUGGCUUCAAACUGGGCACGGUGGUCACUGCAUUGAGUGUCAAGAUAAUACUGAUGGUGCCAAUUGUGAGAGAUGUAAAGAAAAUUAUUAUCAGCGAGAGGAUGAACGAUGUGUGCCUUGCAAUUGUGAUCCAGUAGGUUCUAGAAGUUUACAGUGCAAUAACAGAGGUCAAUGCCAAUGUAAGCCAGGUGUUGAAGGCACACGUUGUGAUACAUGUUCUGCUAACUUUUAUGAUUUUUCUGAGGUGGGAUGUAGACCAUGUGGUUGCAAUAUUGCUGGCAGUAUUGGUAAUACUCCUUCUUGUGAUCCUGUAUCUGGUAUAUGCAGAUGCAAAGAAAAUGUUGAAGGGUCACAAUGUGAUCAAUGCAAACCUGGAUAUUUUGAUCUUCAAGCAGUAAAUGAAUUUGGAUGCCUACCUUGUUUCUGUUUUGGCCAUUCAUCUAUAUGUAGAAGUGCACCUGGAUAUUCUGUUACAUCUAUUGACAGUGUAUUUGUUAGAGAUAAGGAAAGGUGGCGAGCUGCCGAUUCUAAGGGAACUGACAUCUCAAUUAUUUUUAAUCCUUCUAAUCAAAAUAUAGAGGUUACAGCAGUAUCAAGAGAACCUGUUUAUUUUAUUGCACCAGUCAGAUACCUUGGAGAUCAGCGUACAGCAUACAACCAGUUCCUUAGCUUUACUUUAAAAAUUAGUGAAGAUGGACCCCAAGCUACACUUGAAGAUAUUGUGUUGGAAGGAUCAGGGUUAUCAAUUUCACUUCCAAUCUUUGGGCAAGGGAAUCCUCUUCCAACAACUUUUAAUCAAGAGUACAAAUUUCGAAUUCAUGAGCAUUCUGUUUAUGGAUGGAAUCCUAGACUUACUGCUCAUGAUUUCUUGACAAUUUUAUCAGAUUUAACUGCAAUAAAAAUUAAAGGAACAUAUACUUAUGGAGGCACUGGCUAUUUAAACAAUGUCCAGUUAAGGGGUGCUCAGCGAUCACCUAUUGGAAUUGAAGCAACUUGGGUUGAGAUGUGUACAUGUCCGGAAGGUUAUGUUGGACAGUUUUGUGAAUCAUGUGAACCAGGAUAUAGACAUGAUCCACCACAUGGUGGAAGAUUUGCUCGUUGUGUGCCAUGUAAUUGUCACGGGCAUGCAGAAUAUUGUGAUCCUGAAACAGGUCGUUGCAUAUGCCAGCAUAAUACUGGAGGUGACAAUUGUGAAUAUUGUGCUUCUGGUUUCUAUGGAAAUGCUGUUUUAGGAACAGCUGAAGACUGCAAACCCUGCCCUUGCCCAGGUGGUGGUGCAUGUGUAAUUCUACCAGAUGAAGAAGUGGCAUGUCUGGAAUGCCCUGAAGGAUAUGCUGGUCAUCGAUGUGACUUAUGUAUUGAUGGUUAUUUUGGAGAACCUACUGAACCAUAUGGUCACAGAGAAUGUCGUAAAUGUGAGUGUAAUGAAAAUGUAGAUCCGAAUGCUAUUGGAAACUGUGACAGAACUACCGGAGAAUGUUUGAAAUGUGUUUAUAACACUGGUGGAAGACACUGUGAAUCUUGCUUACCAGGAUAUUAUGGAAAUGCAAUUUCGUUUCCGAAAGGAGAUUGCAAAGCUUGCAACUGUAAUCCUAUUGGAACACUGAAAAAGGAUCCCCACGUGGAUGUUUUAGUUUGCAACUAUGCGACAGGGCUGUGCCCAUGUAUGCCAAAUGUAGAAGGGAAGCAUUGUGAUAUUUGUGUGGAAGGUUACUGGAAUAUUGCCAGUGGCAUUGGUUGUGAACCUUGUAACUGUGAUCCAGUGGGUUCCUCGGAACAUACAUGUGAUAUUGUAAGUGGUCAAUGUAAGUGUCGUCCUGGAGUUAUGGGAUUAAAAUGUGAUCAAUGCCAACCUCAUCACUUUGGAUUUUCAAUUGAUGGCUGCAGCCAUUGCGAGUGUGAUUAUAUUGGCUCUUCUUCACUUCAGUGUGAUGCAUCAGGUCAGUGUCCAUGUCGAACCAAUGUAGAAGGUCGCAGAUGUGAAAGAUGUACAGAGAAUACAUAUAAUAAAGCUGCAGGAUGCAUAGACUGUCCACCAUGCUAUGAUCUUGUGCAAGAUGCUGCCAAUGCGCAUCGCUCAAAGCUUGCAGAACUUCAGGAACUGCUCGAGGCAUUGAAAGAUAAUCCACAGUUAUUAAAUGAUGAAGAAUUUGCUGCAAAAUUGAAAGAAGUUCAAGAAAAAGUGGACAAAUUGCUGGAAGAUGCUAUGGCUGCAACAAAUCUAGAUGGUCAGGUGGGAGAUAAACUGAAAGAUUUGCAGAGGCGAUUGGAAGAUGUUCAGAAAAGUGCUGGAGUAGUAAUGGGCAAACUUGAUGAUGCUAGAUAUCUUGGCAGUUUGGGUGCAAACAACAUAACUAUUGCUGAAGAAUUUAUCAAACGAGCUCUGGAUGCUCUUAAUAGUGCAAGGAAAUAUUUAGAAACUGAAGGUUAUUCAGCACUGGAGAAAGCUAUUGAAAAAUCUGAAAAGUUUGGACAGCAAUCUGAAAGAAUGUCUGAGAUUGCUCGGGAAGCAAGACAUCUGGCUGAUGAGCAUGAAAAGGAGGCCAAUGAUAUUAUAAAUCUUGCUUAUGAUGCCAGAAAUCUGUCUUUGCAAGCAUAUGAGAAAGCUAAGCAUGCACUGGAGACUCCCGGAGAAACUGCUGACAACAUUAGACAUUUAGAACGAAAAUUAUUAGGUGUUACUGCCAUGUUAGAACAAGUGAAACGACUUGCUGAAAGUGCAAAUGAAGAAGCAGAUAAAGCCAAAGAGGCAGCUUUGGAUCUUCAUUUAAGAGAAACAUCUCUUACAGUACCUGAAAUUAAUACUGAAGCAAUGAAACAAACCGCUGCUGAUCUUAUCAAACAGGCUAGAGAAAUUCAAAGCGAAGUUGAUGCUAUUAUGGAAGAGCAUCAAGAACUCUUAGAUAAAGUUGCAGAGGAAGUAAAGAAUUCUGAAGAUUUGUUGAAAGCAGGAGAAAAACAGCAGCAGAUAACAGAUGAAAUGUUAGCAACAGUAGAUGCAGCUUUUGCCAAAGCCAAACAGGCAGUUGCUGAUGCCGAAAAGACACUAGAAGAUGCCAAACAGACACUUGAAACUUUGAGAGGAUUUGAUGAGCUCAUUCGGGAAAGCAAAGGAAGAGCCGAGGAAGCUGUGAGAAAAAUACCUGAAAUUGAGAGGAUUAUUAUAGAAGCUGUAAAUAAGACACUUGAUGUUGAAAAUGCUCUGAGUGGUGCUCAGAUGGAUGCUAUAGAAUCCAGAGAAGAAGCACAAGCUGCAAAAGAAUUAGCUGAGGAAGCAUCUGCUCAUGCCAAUGCUAUAUCAGAAGGGGCAGAAAAUACUAAAUUGGAAGCAAAUAAACUCAGUGAUCAAGCUGAUGAGCUGUCACUAGAUGUUGCAAAUACUGCAGGUCAGUUGAAAGAAUAUGAGGAGCAAGCUGAGAAUGAUGAAGCUUUAACCAAAGAGGCUUUGGAACGUGCAAAUCAAGCAAAGACUAGCGCAACUGAUGCAUCAGUUAAAGUUAAAAAUGCAUUAGAGACUGUGGAUGAUAUAUUAAGGGCUUUAGAUGGCUUAGAUGAAAUUGAUGAAACUCUGCUAGAUGAAUUGGAAAAAAGGUUAGAAGAUGCUGAAAAAGAAUACAAGGAAGCAGAUUUUAAUACUCGUAUGGGAGAACUGCGGCAAGCUCGAGAAUUACAAAACCAGUGGGCAAAAGAUUAUGCUGAAGAAGUUGCAAAAAUGCAAAAAGAUGUUGCUAACAUAGCGGACAUUCGAAAUGCUCUUCCAGACAAAUGUUAUCGCCGUCUUGUCUUGGAACCAUAAGUAUAAUUUUAAUGUAAUUAAAAAAAUGACUGCAUAUUUUGAAAAAUUAUCACAAGUGCUUAAGGUUACUUCAGAGAGUUACUAUAUAUGUCAAGUGACAAAAAAUUUAUUCAUUAUCCAUAUUUCCAUGUAAAAAUUCUGUUUAAACAAAAUGUUCCUUUUUUAUCAUUUGUAUCACUGUUGUAUAAAAUUCCUUUUUCCAUGCUCAUUAAAAGCACUGAAAAAUUGUCAUUGGCCAAACUAAAUGAAAAAGAGAAAAAUAUACUCUUUUUAUAGUAGCUGACUGUUGAUAAUGAUGAUAAUGUUUUUUAAUUUCAGUGUUCAAAAGUUGUUUACUAUUGAUAGAACUUUUUGUUCGAAAAUUUUUUGUAUUCAUUCAUUAUGCGAGUGACGUUUGUGUAACUGUUAGAAACAUUUUCAUUAGCAUUCCUUGCAUUUUUAAGUAAAGGAGAAAAAAGGGAACAUACAUGUUAAUGAAUCCAUUUCAAUUUUUUUUUUUUUUUUUUUUUUUUUUUUAAUCCAACAUGUAUGCCAACAUCAGUGCCAAAGUAAUUUGAAGGAACAAGUAUUUUAAUUUUUUUAUAUUAAAUAAUUUGAAUAUUGCUUUUUUUAGAAUCUCAUACCUUACCCACAUACUACUUAUUAUACGAGCAAAAUUUAUUACAUUUUUUGCAUAUAGCUAUAUAUACAGUUCAUGUUUGCUGUACAAACUUCAUGUUAUUUUUUAUUUACAUUUUAACUUUUUUUAAAAAAUUUUAUUUUUAUAUUCAUACUACAUUAAAGUGAAAAAUUUGCAUACUUAUCUAUUUUAAAUAUUUACAAAAUAUGACCCAGUAGAUAUAAAUAGUACUUUUUGUAAAUGUUCAAAUACUAAGAACAAAAGGAAUUUCUAAAUUAUAGCAGUUGAAAGUUCUUGAAUAUGACAGUUCUCAUAUUGCUGCUGUAGAAAUUAAUGUGCAAUAUUUUGAAUCAAAUUUUAUUAUAUAAUGCUAUCUGCCUGUAUAGAAUAAGAAUUUUCUCUUUGUUCUUUUUUUUUUUUUUUUUUUUUUUUUUUUUUUUAUAUAAACUUGCCACACAAUUUAGAAUACCAAAAAUAAUAAUUUACUAAUUACUUAAAUGCAAGCUGCAUAAUUUAUAAUUGUAAAACUGCAUUAAAAAUAUUAUAUCAUUCAAAAAUUACUUUCAUAACAAGUAGUAUUUUGUUUUAUGAUAUAUCUGUUUUGCUUCCUAAUUUGUAGAUGUUGCAUUUUUGUUUAUGAAUGUAAAACAAUUUCGUUUUUCUGGUAGAUAUUUUUAAUGUGUUGUGCAUGCUUUUAAAACUGAAUUUGUUUCAAGUUAUGAAAUUUAAAUUAAAACUGUAAGAAUUAAAUUGUUUAAGUUAACAUCCUGCAUUUAUUAAUUUACAUGAGCUUGCUUUUCUUUGUUUCUCUACAAUGUAAAUAAAUUUGAUAUAAUUAUGUAAUUUUAGUUGUUUUGAUGAUGCUAUUUAAGUCUUUACUGCAAAUAAAAUUCCAUGUUUUUAAGUUAAAACUUAACUUUCUUCUGUAUAAAAUGUAAUGAUUAAAUAAAUAUUUAAUGUUUUAAACAUGUUAAGCUGAAAUAGCGAUUGUACAGGGCAACUUUCAACUAUAAACCAGACUUUUAUUUUGUAGACGUUUUUAAAACAAUUUUAGCUGAAUUUAUAUAUGCAUAUGCAUAACACCUUUGUCAUCAUAAAAUUGUGCAACGUAGUUUUUUUUUUUUUUUUUUUCUUACUUUAAAUUUAAUUCAUCUUGCUAUUGUUUUAAAACAGUCUCUUCAUUGUUUAAUAUUUUCUAUUUAUACCUGUUUUCUGUUCUGCCCUUUUUGUAUUAGAAAUCUGAAAUUUAAACCUUGGUGAAUCCAUUAUUUUUUAUGAUCUGCUGUGGUAGCAUUUUGUUUAUACUCAGGAAAUUAAUUUAUGUUCCCUUAAAUGCUAUUAUAAGUAAUGCAUUAUAAAUAAAAAUAUAUUUUUAGUUAAAAACUGAAAUUUUUUGUUAAGAAAUGAGAGUUAGAGUUUUUAAAAGUAUUUGUUCCUUGUGUCUUACUGUUGAUGCGUAUUCUCUGUUAGUGUAUGUGCUAUCUAUAGUUCUCUGUUUGUUUGAUUUUUAGCCAAAGAUUUUUCUCCCUUUUUCAAGUCAUUAUUAAUGCAAAUCGUAGAAUACUCAGUUUAUUUUUGUCAUUUACUAUGCACUGCCAUUUUGAGAUGUACAGAAAGAGUUUUGUUUCAGGUUAUUAAUGAGAAUGCAUAUCUAUAAUUUUUACAGCUCUCCUUUUUAUUAUUUAAAAGCAGUACAGCAAUGUAUAUGGAUAGUAAAUUACAAACAUUAUGGAGCUCUGAUAACAAGUUAAGUAUACUAAUGUAGCAAUUGAGUGUGGUAAAUUGCAUAAACAAUACUUGAAAAUAUAAUGAAAAAAAAUUCUUUUGCAUUACUUUAAAAAAAAAAUUGGGCCAAAAAAAUUUAUUUUUAGAACUGCCAUAUUUAUUUUAGUGCUUUAUUUAAAGCUUUACAUUAAUUUAUAUUUACUUAUUGACUUAAAAAGUAAGUAGCCUUAAGAGUAUUUUUUUUUAAGUAUUAACUCUUAAAAAUUUCAAAGCAUCACAAUUUUCUUAAUCUAAUAAUAAUGUUAGAAAAACUAGAUAUUGGCUUGAUGAAAAUAUUUUAUUCUGUUAUUUGUUUUUCCUAUCUCUGAAGAUGAAAGAAAAAGAAUCAAGUACUUACUUGAUAACAAUUCUUAUACAGAGUAUUUUAUAGCGGUUUUUAUAUUUUAAAUAUAUAUUUAUCUAUACAGUGCUGUUUUUGGAAAUUUUUCAGAUAAUAAUAUAACCAUAAUAACAGCAAUAAGCUAUUUGUGAAGGAAGCAAAAAUUGUUUAAUAGCUCUAAAAGUACAAAUGUAUUUUUUUUAAAUUAAAAUUAAUUUACUAAUCAAUAACUUGUAAUUAUAUUCUUAAUCUCUAAUUUAAUGAAUAUCUGAUUUGAAGUGCAUAUGUAUAUUCUAUAUAGUUUAUAAAAUUGUCUAUCUUAUAAUGCAGCAUAUUUGUAAUUGAUGCCUUAUGUUCCUGAAAAUAGUGCUUUUUCUAGUCAUAAUCUUUAAAUUAUUUGUCUUCUAUUUCAUUAUCUAAGAGAAGAACAGUUUUGCCAAAUAUAUUGAAUAGAAUUUAUUAUUUAUACACUUUUAUCAAAUACACAUCAAUUCGCGCUGAAAUUAAAAAUGAAAUUUAUUCUAUAUAUGUGUGGUUUUAAUAAACAAUAAUUAAUUAAUUACUUUUUCUGUCACAAAAGAAACAAAAUCAUAGUUUUCUGUUUUAUUUUUUAUAAUGUGUCAUACUUCUAAAAUUCUUUUAAAAAAGUAUUUGAGAAAAAUAAUUUAUCUUAAUCUAUAUAGCAGUAUACUCAUAAUAUUUUGUAACAUAAUGUAACAUGCAUUUAAUAGGAUUUGUAUUAUUUUUAAAAUUGAUAUUUCAUUCAUGGUUUUACUGUAAAGGUGUUUUACAGAAGUUCAUGAUUUUUCCUAAAAAAAUGUUUCAAAUUGUUGAAAUAAAAGUUAAUUUUCACCAGUGUAAUUUUUCAGUGAAAAGUGUUCAUGAAAAAAAAAAAAAAAAAAAAAAAAAAAAGUAUUUACUGCCAGGAGAUAUUUUGCAGAAAAUUGACUGUAUUACAGUUUUAACUGAUUCAGUAGAAAUGCAUUGUUAUAUCUUUAGAUAAUGUUUAAUAGUUUAAAAAUGGUGGAAUUGUAAACUAUUGUAAAUUGUAUGUCCCAAUUACAGUCCCUAAUUUAUUUAUUUUUUCAUUAAAUUUGUGUGUAUCAUGGUCUUAUAAAUGUGUGAGAUUUUGCUGUUAUCACAGUUCCUUGCCAAGAUAAAUUCAUUUUUUUAUUCUAAAAAUAUAUGACUUACAAAUAAGUAUGUGAUAAGUGCAUUUGAGAUUAAAUAGAUAUAUUUUCUGAUAAAUUUAUUUAACAUCUUUUGAUAUGCAUUCUUCAAAACUUUAUUUGUUCAGUAAGAAUGCUUUUCUUUUUACACUUAUAAACUUUUAUAUGUUAUACAUAGUUUUCUUAAAUGAGCAUCAUUUCUAUUUCUUUUUGUAUUUGUGAAUCAUUUGCAUAGUUCACAUUCAAAAUUGUGUGCAAUAUCAAAUUUGAUGCAACUCAAGUUUAUCAUUGUAUUCCAUCGACCACUUGUUAAUUAUCUGUAAAUAAAUAAUUUUUCAUUCAAA